GAGCUCACCAAUUGACGCAGUGUAGAGGGAAGAAGCAGACGAUGCCGCAGGAGACGCUCUCGUUCCCGCCGGCGUACUGCGUCGUGGGUGCAUACCGCCUGUUCCACGACGCGCAGCUAUGGAAGCCAAUGUGGGCUGAAUGCAGCCAGGCGGCCAAGCGGGCUGGUCUCGUCGCUGCGGGCUGGGCUGUGGUGACUUGGCCGAUCCAGAAGCUCUUUGUCUACUACUUUAUGCGCGGCUCAGCCAAGGUCACGGGCAUGUCUACGCUCUACCAUACGGUCCACAGCACGGCCGAUUCGCUCGAUGGCUCGCAGGACUCGCGCUUUCUGGGCAUCUUUGGGCUGCCGAGCCUCACCACCUUUGCGGCCAUGAUGUUUGUCCUCGGCCAGUGCCAUAGCAUUAUGGAGUUUUGGCUGCGGAGAAAGCUGAGGGCAUACCGCAACAAGGCCUACGAAGCCACCGUCAUCUCGCGAGGCAAGCCGCAGGAGUGGUGGACGCCCUACGUCGAGGAGUGGGAGGAGCCACCAGUUGAGAAGGCGAGGAAGAAUGCGCAGAAGCAGAAGCUCUACGUCCGCUUGGCCACGCCCCUCGUUCGCAUCUUUCUGCUGCGAGUCGUGCUCCUUCCGCUCGACUUUAUCCCCUUUUUGGGACUCAUUGUCUCUUCAGCCCUGCGGUCGCUGAGCAUGGGAAGGCAGCUUCACUCGCUCUUCUUUGCGCACAAGCGCAUGACGGCACUCCAAGUCGAAGUGUGGCUGACGGAGCGUCAAUUUGAGUACCGCAGCUUCGGUCUCGCGGCCGCCCUGCUCGAGAGCGUGCCGAUCCUCGGCAUGGCCUUUAGCAUCAGCAACCGCGUCGGCGCUGCCAUGUAUGCGCAUGAUCUGGAGAAGCGCCAGCAGAUGGUCCGGGCGGGCCAGAUCAAGAGGCUGCCGAGGAGCGAGACGCACUCGUCGAAGCCCAAGAUUGGCUUUUCGGAAAAUGACGAAGGUAUUAAUGUGCCUGGCGGUGUUCCCUCUUCCUCCUCGGCCUCUCGCCUCCCCUCGACUUCCAUCCCAGACGAUGCCCCACCGGCCUACUCCAUCGCCGAGGCAGAGACGCUGAUCGGCGGCAGCGGUGGACCAGGAGGCGACCUCGGCGUCGCAUCGCCUCACGAGAGCGCACAAGGGCUCUCCAAGCGCAAGACUGCACCACCCCCGGUCCCUCCCAGAAAGUAAGCCUUAGCAUCAUCAUCAUCAUCAAUAUUCGUCGUCUUUGUCAAGCCAUUCCUUCUUUCCAGUCAUCGAUAGAAUUAUGCCAUUCGGACUUGAUGCAAUUUUUUUUGUGGAUGGAAUGAUGAUUAUCUACAGCUUGG